AUGAUAAUAUAAUUGAAGGUAGACUAUUCUAAUUUCAUUUAAUUAUAACAUGUAUACAAGAAUAUAUAAUCUUAUCCUUAGAUUAAGAAUUUAUUCCUAUUUUUAAUUAGCUUUCACAAGUUUUAUUUACUAAAUAAUUUAAUAGUAUUGAUAAAUUAAUGGCUUCCAUUCCAGUCUAUUGUAAAAAUCAUACUCAGAAACAAAUUUCAUUUAUUUGUAUUUCCAAACAUGAAUGUUAAAGAAUGCUAUGCUCAGAUUGCCUUUACACUCACAAAAUUCCAUUUGAUAAAACCCUAACAAUAUAAAAAUUUUAAGAACGUUUAAAAGCAAGACUACUAUGAAUUAUAAAUUAGUGAUCAGUCUCAAUUAAAAGCUUAAAGGCUUAGAUUCUAAAUAAUGAUUAACGAAUUGGAAUAGAAAUUUAAAGUCUUCAUUUAAACUAUCAGAUAAACAACACUAAAAAUGUAUCAAGAAAUUGAGUCCUAAGAGUAAUUUUUCUACAAAUUUUUGACAGAUAACAUAGCAUUGAGCAAUACAUCUUGGCAUGAUAUCAAUAUUUUAGUUGACAUUUUAGAAGGUGUUAAGUUAACUGCUCAUCUUAAAAUAAAAGAAUAAAAAUUAUUUACACUUCAAAAACUCAAUUCAAAUCUAUCAAACUAAAUCUCUAAAUUAGAUAAAAAUCUAUAAAAUUUUACUACGACAUGUUAAAAGAUCGAUUAGAUGAUAGAGAACUAAGUUUAGAAAAUAUAAAAAGAUAUUAUGAAUAAAAUUCACAUUAAAUGGAAGGAUGGAAUUUUCAGAGAAACUGGAUGGUACUGA